AUGUCAACCGAAUUUUACCGAUAUUUGUCUCGUUUUGUCGAUAUCAGAGACGACACUAUUCAGACACUCGUCCAAAAUGACAUCAAUUCGAUGAACGCAUUGCGGGCCAUAAAUAUGGACAAAGAUUGGCAUUUAUUGCCGACACAGAUAUCCAUUGGUCAGAAAUUACUUAUACGACAGGCGUUGGACAAACUCACAGAUAUCACUGAUGAUGACGUUGAUGGCGGUAACGACAGACUGCAAUUGAUAAAUGAAAGACGACUCGUAUCUAACAGUAAGCCAAUAGAGAUAAUCAUUUUGAAGGAUGAAAUGAUGGAUAUAGUUAUGGAUAACAAUAUUGAGGUCAACAACAACAACAACAACAAUGGCAGUGAUAAACAAACGAUGACUACUAUUACUUCAACAGAAUGUGAUAGAAGAUCUUUUGUCAAUUUAAGAGAUCAAACGGACAGCGUUUUUGAAAAUUUUUCCGAAAACAAUGAGAUGCCGUCGGAUAACGAUAUUGAUGUGGAGGACAGCAAUGUGACAUCAAUUGAUAGUCAACUUGAAUYGAAAAGACUUGCAUUGAAAACACAACCCGUUGUUGUCAUAAGUCCGCUAAAAAUGCCGAUUAAUUUAUCGACAAAGACUGUCGACAAUAGUUGUUUAAUUAGGUCUGAGGUUAAAACCAAACGCAAAAAUCGUCUGAAAUGUGGUCAAUGCGACCGCUUUUUCUUAUAUAAGACAUCACUUGAAAGUCAUUUCUUCACUAACAGUACACUAAACAAACAUUUAGGACUAAAACAUAGCAUCCGAUUGUUUGGAUGCGACAAAUGUCCGUUUAAAGGACUGAAUAAACAGAUUCUUAUUAGACAUCAAAUCACUCAUUCGACUGAUCGGCCAUUUGUCUGCAAUUACAAAGACUGCAACAAAUCGUUUAAACGCAAAAAUGACAUGAUUCAACACAAGAUUCGAAUUCAUUCGUCUGAGAGACUAUUUCCGUGCAAUUACGAUAACUGCAACAAAUCAUACAAACUUAAAAAUGAUAUGAUUGUACACCAGAAACGGGUGCACAAGAUUUAUGAAAAAAUUAAAACAAUGCCAUCGAUUGAUUCCAAAGAAAUUGUAUCCAAACAAACCACUUCCUUAUUUUACUUCAGGCCAUUUGUGUGUAAUUACAAAGACUGUGACAAGUCUUUCAAACAAAAACAAGUUUUAAUUAAUCACCAGAAAUAUGUUCACUCGUCUGAUCGGCCGUUUGUAUGCAAUUACGUUGACUGCAAUAAAUUGUUUAAAAAGAAAGGAAAUAUGAUUAGACACCAAAGUUGUUUUCAUUCAACUAAUCAGACAUUUGUCUGUAAUUACAGUGAUUGCAACAAAUCGUUCAGAUAA